UAGGAAGCUCGGCCUUUGUGACGCUCGCUCGUGCGGACCGUUCAGAUACAAUGGGCCGAAUUUCCCUCUGAAACUUCUCAGAGCUCUCAGCCACAGCCUGCGGCUAGAGGUAUAAACAUAACAGUUGGUCGAUAUAUCGCACUAUUACAGAACUACGGUUAUACAUGUUUAAAGGAUAGUCCCCUCAAACUUCAGCCUUGUUUUGUAUCGUUGAAUUAUUUUGAUACUCCUGUUUUUUUACCCCUUGUUUGUCUGUGUAAUGAACGAUAGAAAGCAUUUGGCGACACGAUGAAAACGGAAAUCUCGACAGCUGCGAAUUUUGUCACUAGCUUGCUGAGGACAGCUGGGCUCCUGACUGAAGAGCAGCUUCAGCACUUCAGCCUCUCACUGGAGGGAGCCCUGCUCGGGCACUAUCAGCACCACUGGUUUCCUCAGGCCCCUUGUCGAGGGUCUGGCUACAGAUGCCUCCGCAUCAACCACAAAAUGGACCCUUUGAUAGGCAGAGCUGCCUGUGCUAUUGGACUGUCACGAGAACAGCUUUUCGCUUUGCUUCCGAGAGAGCUUACGCUGUGGGUGGACCCCUAUGAAGUGUCAUAUCGGAUAGGAGAAGACGGUUCCACUUGUGUUCUGUACGAGUCCUCAGUAUCUCAGCCUAGGACUGCCAGCUCAACAGAUAAAGGACCCAGUUGCAAAGGGGCACUGAGAACUGGACAGUCAAGCCCUUCCAAGCAGUUUAAAAUGAUGACUGCCUCGGGCUGAUCAGUUAGAUUUUGUACUGGAGACCCUCACUUUGCUGUAAAUUCUACCCUUCUUUAAAACAUUAAAACACUUUAAAGUCUGA